AUGUCUUCAACCAACUCUUAUGUCGCCCAAGGACUUGGAGGUCUCCCAAUGAGAUUCAUCACAGUGGGUUAUUCUACUCAAGGUGGGACCCAGCUCAAUACGAACAUAUCCGCUUGGCGACGUUCGAAUGUCGCUAGGAACAGGCAACUGGACUCGUCCUACGAUCGAAUGACGGGCGAGAUCGACCAAGAGAUUGAUCGACAAACCGGAACUAUCGUUUCAACCUUAAGAGAUAAAGGUCCAGAAGAAUUCCAAAAGUGGAUUCCUGGCUUUUUGGAGGGUCUAGCCAAGCAUGUCUCCAAAUCCUCCGAGAUCGAUAACCUCUCAAUUAGGAUUUUGAAUGCAGAAGAGAAUAAUAGUCUUGCAGGAGACUCGGAGUUCACUCAUACUUCACAGAGUGCCCCGAUGGUUUUUAGCAAUACCGAAUAG